AAGCAAACCUAACCUCAAAAUGUGUUUAUAUUAAUUUUGACAUAUUUUUCCAAGUGUUGACAAAAAAAAACAAUUAAAACAAUGAAUUUUUUUAUCAUUACACUACUUUUAAAAGUGAACAAUUAAGAAAUAUAAAUAUAAAAAAAAUGCUUAUAAAUUUCUGUGAUCCUUCUCUGAGAACAGAAGUAAAAUGCAAUACUAUUAGCACAGAAGGUUAUGAUGUGGAAAAUUUAGUAAAUAAAUCACAAAAUGGAUUUAUGGUUUAUUCAUGUAUUAAACCACCAAUUCAUGUUGAUUUUCAAUUUAUUUGCAAUAUUCGUAUAAGUCAUAUUAUUAUUUGGCCAAAUGUUGGUGCACAAAAAUCAUCUGGCUUUCAAAUUCAUACAAAAUCAUCAGAUGAAAUAACAAUAUUAUAUACUUGUAUUUCUAAUGGCUAUUUAAAUUCAUCACAUUCGGGUAUAAUAUUUCAUAGAAAUGACAUGGAUCCAUCAAUUAUUUCAAGUCCAUCAAAUUUUCUUCAAUGUCGUUUAAAAUCAUCAAAUUUACGUCUUGUUAAUUAUGUGAAUAAAUUAAGAAUAAGCAUUGUUAAGACAGAAAAUUCUGUUUCUGCAUUGGGAAAAGUGGAAAUUUGGGGAUAUGUCUCGCCACAAUGUGGAAAAGAUGUUAUUGCAACUGUUUGCAGUUUGUGGUCACAACGAAAUGUUUCUUCAAUUGUUCAUAAUGAUAAUAAUAAGAGGGAGGAAUCUACUUCGAAAAAUGAUAACGACAAAAAACUUCCCGAAUCUCUGGAGGUACCAGAAAAUUUUCUAGAUCCAAUAACAUGGGAAAUAAUGACUCAGCCGAUUAUUUUACCAAGUGGCAAAGUGAUAGAUCAAAGUACAUUAGACAAACACGAACAAAAUGAGGCCAUCUGGGGCCGACCAUCUUCCGAUCCAUUUACAGGAAUUCCCUUGAGUGAAAUUCGACGUGCUCUCGCUGCAACGGCGCUCAAAGCUCAAAUUGAUAAAUUUUUACUUGAAAACAGUAAUAAUGAAGAAGUAAAAAAAUUACCUCGCGUCUUGGGCAGUAAAACAAGGCCAGAAUCGUCUCUUAAAUUAAUAAAUAGUCAAAAAUCUCAAGGAGAAAAAUUAUCCAAUAGUAUUAUUCAAACUUCAAUGAAAUACAACAAUAGUAAUAAUAAUAAUCAUCAUAAUAAUGCGGAAAUUAAUUUAAAACAAAAAAAACUUCAUUGUCAUGUUUUACCAUUGCUGCCAGUUAAACGUAAAAUUAAUUUAGGAAUUAAUUCGUCUAGUGUUAAAAAACCAAAUUUAAACAAAAAUCCCACAUCAUUAUCAACUGAUAAUUGUGAUUGUUGUAAAAAUAGUAUUUUUUAUCGACUCCCUUGUAAUCAUAUUGUUUGUAGAAAAAUUUUACUCUCUAUUAAUAAUGAAUGCAAUGUUUGUAAAAUGGCUUUUACAAAUUCUGAUCCACAAAGAAUUUAUAAAUAGAAAAAUUAACAAUUAUAUUUCAUAAAUUUAAUAAUGUAAAAAAUAAAUGUUUAUAUUUAUU